AUGUCUCCAAAAUCCCCACCAGCCCGGAAGGAGGAUCGGAACGAGGAAUCUAGCUCGACGGCCUCCAAUACGCACACCCAGACCGCCGAUGAGUCGACUCCUUCCACUAUCUUCGAAGGCCCGCUGCAGGAAGGAGUUGCCAAUCUUGUGGGAAUGGAAGAAGAUAUCGUGGCCGAGUUGACUCAGGACACUCCCUCUGCUGCACGGCCAUUGAUAAGACGCAGCACGUCCAGUGCAUUGCGGGAGCGCCAGCAGGCACACCUGUCCGCUGCGCGACCUGUGGAAGCAUGCAGCCCUUCCGUGCCAACGUUCCGUGAAGUGCAACAGCGCGAGCAACGCAUGCUGGAGGAACUUGCUACGCUGCAGGAGCAGGCUAGGACGGAUGACUCGCGGCGCUCGCGUGAGCUUGAGCAAGUAGCUUUCACCCUCCGCCGCAUCGAGGAACAACAAAAGGUUCAGAUGAGUGUCCAGACUCAGCUCAUGAAUGCACUCGUUGGCAUGGACUUGCAGGCACGCGAGACUGUAGCAACGGCAGCGGCUACUCAAUCUCAUGCAGGAGAUGAGAAUGUGGACCCUCUCUCACCACUAUCAGGCAGCCCUGCUGCUGAGAUAGGCUUUCAGCUCCCGGAAGCCACCGAAACAGUCCGAGCUACAGCAUCCAGUCAGCCACAGCCAUCUCUCGCCGACGAUACAGAUCAGGACAAGUCCCGGAAAGACAGUGUAGCAAGGUCGUCUGUCUCAUCUCAGCCCAGAAAAGUUUCCAGGCUCGGGUCGAUCAACGAGGUACUCAAUGCCAAUGUCAAACCGUCACCUGGCGCUUCCAGUUCUACUACGAAGAUAUUUGCGGCUGGGACGGUGUUCGAGGGCAGAGAAGAGCUUGAUGAAUGUCUGAACAGGGAGGGAUUGAAGAUGUACAAGAUCCCUCAUGUCACAGGCAUGGAACCAAUUGAGGUCAGGACUGCAAUUACAUCCGGAUCUGAGUCGCCCAAGGCAACCCCUCAGGAGUCCGGAAACUAUAUUGAUCCGGAGACAGGCAUGGACACUGGUGGAACACGGGAGCAGUAUGAGGAGUAUUUGGAGAUUGAAGCGAUGAAGGACAGCAUCGAUGAUGAUUACUAG